GUUGAAAAAAUAGAUCUCAUGGAAUGACACAAAGUAAAAUUCUGAUUUAAUAACGCUGCCAUUACCUCGACCUCGCGCGGAUUCAAGUAGUGCGCGCUGGUAUUUGUAAAUUGUUUUCGGUAAUACAUUGAAAGCAAAUAGGGCUCGUCACAAGACCUGGGGAAUUACCGGAACAAAUACCUAGGCUUGAAGUAGACGGAGCGUAUCAUAUUGUUCCAUAGGAUGUAAAUGCCUUUAUAGCAGGCGGAAUUGAAUUUUGAUCGACAUUAGGUAAUUGUGUAGCGGGGUAAGAAUUAAGGUAGAAAUCUUUGUUGUUAGAUGCGCAUCGAAUUUGUACAGCUCGCAAUUGAUAAAUCGAACCAGGCGACAGUGCAGCAAAUACAAAAUGGUAAAAACAACAUCCAUAACGUGCAUCAAAGACGGUAAGAUUCGACUUGAUCGCAAUGCUCUAUGUAGCAUUACUCUGCGAUCAGAUAUUAAAGAAAAUCGUAUUGCUGUGAUUUCCAUUUUUCAUGAUGGCAGAUCAAAUAAUGUGAAUGCGGAUAUAUUACAUCAAUAUUUUCAAAUUAAAAAGUGGGAAAGAAAGCAAUGGAUGAGCGAGAUCGGAAAGUCACCAGAUAUUGACAGAAAAUCCGACAAACCUGUUAUAAGAAUAUGGGAUGACUUGAUAAUGAUAAACACUGAAUCUGGAGAAAAGAUCGGAGUGUUGAUCAUGGAGAGCAUAGUAGCCUUAGAUGACAAAGAAGUGAUAAAGGAACACAACUCCGUCAAAUUACUUACCUGGAGCUUGUUGGCAAGUUCGAUUUCGAUUGUAAAUAUUUCCCGAAGGAUGCAAAAAUGUGACCUUGAAAAUUUGCAGAUUUCAAUGGAUUACGCUUUGGCAGUCGCUGCAAAGAAAGCGACAAGUUUGAAGCUUCAUUCAGUCAUGUUUCUGGUACAAGAUUGGAUGGGAACAAAUAAAUACCGUUUUGGAAUAGAUGGAGGGAAAAGUUAUUUAGAAGAGCUUUCUUCUCAAAGUGAAACACGAGAGACGUUAAAACACCUGAAAUCAGCUCAAACAGAAAUGGAAUGUUUCUUGCUACCACAUCGACAAGCAGUGGAUAUGAAUGAUCCAUUUUGUAACAACAACAACAGAGACAGAGAAACGGUGUUUGGUGGAUAUGUGUCGUCAUUCGGAGAUACUUUAUUAAAUCGAACAAAGAGCUUCAAGGAUUCAAAAGCCCCAAUGGAGAUCUUUGAACUAUUGACCUCUCAUGAUCAACUAUUCGAUUCUCCUGUGAUAUGUGAACCAAAACUAUUAUUGCAGGAAGCGUCCAAGGACCAUUAUGAAAAUGUCUGUGCACAAUGCUUUAAGAAAUAUGAUCGAACAAUGAGGGUUCGUACAAAAGGAGUUCAGUUUGACGAAAUAUUGGAUAUAAACCGGGAAGUUACUGUGAAUACCUUGAAAGAAUUUGACUCGUCAUCAAGGGUCGGUCUAGAAUCUUUGAGAACUGAAUUUCGCGACAAACUAGCAAACAAAUGUAAUAACCUUCACAGACAAUAUGAAGAUACUGCAAAUAAUCGAAUGUUAGAAGCUGAAAAACAGUUGACAGAAAUUGCAGACAGGGAAAUGUGUGAAUAUAUUGCCGAGAUUGAGAAAAAACUAGUCGGUCAGAUAUCUGAUGCUGACCUCGAUAUGUGUCAUCAGCAGUAUUAUUUGGGCGCAAUCAAAUCUUUCCGAUCGAAAACAUCCACACCGAUAUUUGAACGCUGUGAAAAGCUCAAGAACAAAUUUAAUGGAAAGAUGCAAAAUGAUAUUAAAGAAUAUUAUAAACGAUUAAAAGACGAAAACGAGAAGAACUGGAACAUGAAAGAGUUACAAAAACUGGUGAAUGACAUGACUGACCAAUAUCGGAAAAGAAUAAACGAUCAUUCAACAAAAGGAGUUGCUGAAAAAAGUUUACAGGAGGAACAUACCAAAAUUUGUGCUUCUGUUGGUUCUCAAUUCAACGACAAGGCAUCUUUCGCGCCAAGUGCAUUAGUGAAAACGAAUAAAGGAAAUCUCAACGACAGAAUCAGAACAAUGUAUUUUGAAGCGCUUACUGAAAACAGGAAUGUGGCAAGGGUGAAGAAUAAGAAAUUGGAAGAAUUGGUCAACCAGAUGGCAAAACAAUUUCAACAAAAAAUUAACGAGGUAGCAAAAGGCAUCAAUGCAAAUGAACUACAGGCAAAAUACAAUCAGAUUCGUCAUUCGGUCCUAUCGCUGUUCAAUACUACAGCAUCAUCGAUUUCUGUGAGUGAUCUGGUUGAAACGCACAGACGCAAUCCAAUGCAGAUUAUAGACAUGAUGUAUAAUGAAGCAUGUACCAAGAAUAGGAAUAUGGCGCAAACUGCAAUUGAACGCAAUCGUCUCGAGCAACGGUUAUUGCAGUUGGGAAACCAUGGGGCUCCCGAAGGCCCUCAUCUAGUCCGAGCUGUGUUGGAACAUACGCAGGUACAACAGGGCCCCAAUGGUGUAAGAGUAACUCGUACAGUUCGAAGAGUAUUUCUUCCAGGCGGCGGUAUUAGACGAUAAUCAGUUUUUCGUCCUCUUCUGCAAUCUAUAAAUAUCCGACGCAUCUACAUUCCGAGUGAAGAGGAAUUUAUUGUUUCAAUAGCAGGGCGGUCGCUAGAAAAACAGAUUUUCUUAAAAGCAUCCGUUACACUCAGAUGCGAAAAAUGUCGUCCGUGCAGUGUCUUAACCUAGGAGUACAAGCUUGCAGGCAUUUUGAAGGUUAACUUAACUUGAAGGUGGGAUAUCAUUCCAAUUCGACCUAUACGCAUUUAUUCGUGAUCUUGCCAUACCUUCAAAUUUUCUGCUUUCCUAGCGACCACCAUGUAGUAUUCAAUCUUAGUUGAAAAGCUAAAAAACUUGAAACUGCCACUUUGCAUUCAAACUUCUAUAUUAUAUAUAUAUUUUUUUCUAUGUUCUAUUGAUUAUUAUAUAUACUUGAUAAUUAUUUUCAGUAUUGGAAAACUCGCAGAAUAAACGUACGUCAUGGUUUUGAGUGCUAAGUGUAAUAUUCCCAAGAAGCUCUAUAACCAUACGAAAUAUAUUUUAAACCUGCUAUCGACCUGUCUCCAUAGCACAGAAUGACAGAGAAUGCAAAUCACAGACGUGGGCUAUUUAUUCACAAUCAUAUUACAUACUUCAAUACCGGCAUCGAAGAGGGAGUCUGGGUGGUAUUUUCAAAAUUUAGUUGAGAGAUGCAACUCGGCUGAAUAUAAUAUACGGUAGCACAUAUAUCGACUUGACGCAAACGUUUUAUGCGAAUAUGGUUACAUUCACAUAAGAUAACAAAUAAAUUCUUCAUACAAGAGUGGAGCAAAACAUACCCAAUAAAGGAGCUAACAUGUGCGAUAUGAGCAAUUUCUUCCUUCAUCCCGAAGAAUAUGAUUGAUAUGAAUUGCCAGGGCAAUAAGCUGAGUAAUAACAAGCACGCACUGAGAGCUCAGUGGAUAUACAAAUCACCUUAGUCUAAAUAUUCAGUAUUCCAAUGAAGUGCCAUACAACUUGUCCAGUUUGAAAGCUAAAUCAGGUCCAGAUACAAGUACACCACCUAUAGCUAACCUUGUUAUUUGAGUAAUAACGAUUAAUUGAUCCUCAUCAAAAAUCAAGAUAUCAUAAUUCAUUUCAUAUGGAUAAAUCUGUACCAAUCCAUUUAAUUUUGGCUUUCAUUUAAACAAAUUCCUUAAGCCAUAAUCUAUCCGUAUUAAAGCAUAUGGGCUUGAUUUAAAUUAAAACAUGUCUUGCAAAGCAAUGGGCAACUCUCUCCAUAUUAUUCAAUAUUAAUGCAUCAUGUGGUUUCACUUGGCGCAGUACACAUUCCCUAUACUUAGGUGCAUUUAAUGCAGAUAAACAAUGUUUAGUUGGUGAUCCACAGUUAGCAGUCAACUUUUGUUAAAUUCUUCUGCACUAUAAGGAUUACCGUUCUGUACAUAACUACUGCCCAAGCCAUAUAAAUGGCCACAGUACUUGGUCUCAUCAAUAUGGUCUUCAAAAAACAUC